AUGAAGCUCUCUAUUGCCAUCCUUGCUGCCUUCGUUGGGUUUUCCAUGGCGUUUGCCGUGCCUAAUACUAAGGAUGUCUCUGAGCAAGCUGUUCCCAACAGCAAACUUUCUCUUGUUGAGAGAGGUGUCAACUGUCCUUCGAAUAAACCAACUGACUGCUGCCCUGUGAGUUGUGUUCCGGUGGCAGAGGAACUUGCAUCAGCUACAGUUGCGUUUGCCAAGGCUGUUAGUAAACAGACAGCCGGGUACACCGAGUUUCGAGGGAGUUUCGAGGGACUACUCCAUAUUGAAGACGAGGAGCGCAAGGAACUCAUUGCACAGAUUAUAAGUCAGGACGCCAGACUAGUUAACCUCCCUCGUGCAAAUCUUUUCGACCUCUGGUUCUCGGACAUCAAGAACCUUCGGGACUUUGCAAAGUUCCUUCGGAAGGAGGAUCGUGCUUUCAACUAG